GAUAUCCUUGGAUGACAAACUUUAUCAAAGAGAUUUGGAAGUUGCCUUAGCCUUAUCCGUCAAAGAAAAAUCUGCGCGUAUCCUUGAGGUGCAAAAUUCAGAAGAACAAGGUAAGAAUAUUGAAUCCGAAGAUGUACACAGGAGACCCCUUUUUUCCAACUGCAGUGUAGACAGUGAUCUUUUAGGUCUCAAUCAGGUUAUGGAUGAUGACCUAUCUAGGGAUGACUGUAGGCGAAGGACAGCAGCAUCUAAAGUUCCAGCACAUCAGAAGGUCCUAACCAUUGACAGUGAUGACGGAGACCAUGCUACUGACUCUGAGCCAGAGUCUGUACCCAGUGAGGAGUCAGAAGAAGAUUCAGAUUAUAGUGAAGGUGAUGAUGAAGACUUUGCUCUGGAAAAAAAGAAAGCCAAAGGAAAUAAAAAGAAAACCAAACAAAAGAUGCAAGCUGAAAGAGAGAAGACGACUCCCAAAUCCAAGAUUAAUACUACAGUAUCACCUAUAGUUUCUCCUUCACGGAUAAUGGAACAGAAAUCUGAACCAACAGAAAAGAUGAUGUUCAGUUCUUCAGAACCAGCUGGGAAGCCUUUGCAUACAUCAAGUCCUGUAACAGACAAGAAGCCUAAAUGGAUACCACCAGCUGCAUCAGGAAGCAGUAAUAACUCUAUGAAACAUGUUUCAGUUAAAUCACCUACUCACUGUCUUAGACUCGGCCUCUCCAGACUAGCAAGAGUCAAACCACUGCAUCCCAGUGCUACCAGCAGUUAA